GCAGCUGCAGUGCCUUGCGGGCCGCGGCCCGGCCACGUCCCGGGCUCCCGGGCCCCGCCGCUCCUCCUCCGCCGCUGCUAGGUUAGCGGGGCGCCGGCGGCCGCGCUCUCCUCCCGGCCGGGGGCCCCCCCUCCGUGACGCGGGGCCGCGGGCUCCGGGGGCGCCGGGCUGAGGGAGCUCGGGGGUGGAGGAAGGUGGGCGGUGGGAGGAGCGCGGCAGGCUGGACGGGACGGGACGGGACUGGGCGGGGCGGGCCGUGCCGGGCCUGGCCGGGCUGGGCUCCGGAGCGGGACUGAGCCGAGCCGAGCUGAGCCGAACCGAAAGGGCCCGAGCGCAGAGCGGCCGGCCGGGGACCCGCUGCGCCAAUGCCGCUGACGCUGGUCUUCUUCUCCUUCUCCUUCCCCGGCUUCUUCGUGCUCUGCGCCUGGGGGCUGCACCGAGCGCUUCCCCAAUGGACCGUCCUCGACUGUUUGACGUUCAGCAACAGGCUCGUUUCUUCCAUCCAGGCUGUCCUGGCCUCUAGCUCCGGGCUCCUCAUUGUUCUGUCCUGCCCUGAUGUAGUCUCUUGCAGGCACUGGCUUGCCCGAGAAUAUGUGUGGGUUUUAAUUCCGUACAUGACUUACGACCUUGGCGCCAUGUACAUUUGCUACUGGUACCGAAACCGAGGCAAGGAUAAGAAGCACACUCUCGCCAUCUUUAAGAGGUUCCUCAAGCACGAUCGCCUCAUGCUCACGCACCAUAUCUUCAUUCUGGUUAUUCUUGUACCCAUUGCACAGGUACUACGGGGAGAACGUGGUGACUUCUUUGUAGGCUGUAUCUUCACAGCAGAAUUCAGCACCCCGUUUGUGUCACUGGGCAGAAUUCUGAUCCUGCUGAAGAAACAAGACACAUUCUUGUACAGGCUGAACGGCGCGCUGACCCUGGUGACCUUCUUUGUCUUCCGCAUCCUCAUCUUCCCCUUCAUGUACUGGUCCUACAGCCGGGAGGAGAGCCUGAGCUUGUGGGAGACGCCGUUCCGCAUCCCCUUCUUGUGCAACGUCAUCAACGCCUUCCUCAUUGCGCCCCAACUUUACUGGUUCGCUCUGCUCUGCAGGAAGGCGGCCCAGAUGUUCAACACUUCCCAGGCCAAAAAAGACAGUUAGUGGUGCCCGUGACCCAGAGCGAGCAGAGAAAGGCGUCUCCCCCCCCGGCCGCCUCUGCACCCCAUGGAACCGUUCGGGCCUUGGAUGGGCUCUGUCUUGUGGGAGUCAAUAAGGAGCAGACGGGUCGGGUUUUAUAAGGAACAAUCACGUUCUCUCUCCACUCUGCUUUUUUUUUUUUUUAACAGAAGCACAUUCGCACAACUACAAAUCGUGUUGUGACUUAUGAGGAGCUAAGGGGUCUGGCUUAUGACCACCCAAGGCUGGGACGGAUUUUGUGGCGGGGUAUAAGCUCGAGCUGAGCCACAGAAGUCCUGGGGGAAGAGACCCGGUGAUGAGCUAGCCUCUGCUGGGCUAUUUGCGUGCUGGCUUUACAGCCUGCCUUUCACACAUCCUUCUGCUCACCUCCUUUGAUCAAGGAACAGCCAAUUCUGGGCCAAUAGGACCAAAGCAACAUUUUGCUGAUUUACUUGUGUACAUUGUGGGAAUAGGGCCAGAAGACCUGGGGCUACAUUUUACUUUUUUCUUUCCUAGGCUGACAUUGUAAGCCUCAGAUGCCCCAUUUCCCUUUACUCUUACCCUGGUGCCAGUGUUUUGACACUCACUUCCACCUCCCCUGGGCUGGGAUGGAAGGGGAAUACUACCGAGGAGCCAGCAAUUUUUAUGGGAUUGCCAGUUGUAUCUGUUUCAACUUCGCAAGCCAAAUUAGAGAAAUCAGGACCAACUGGCAAACCAUAUUCUCCCGACUGCUCCCUUGCACCCAGUCUGUUCUGUCCGUAUGCAAAGGACUGCCUGACAUCUAGUAAAACAACAGGAUUUUAACCUCUUCCCAGCCUAUGCCUUACAUACUUACCUAGAUGAGACUCUAGUGGCCUUAAAAAAAUUCACGUCUGGACUACUGAGUGUUUUUUCCUAUGUUCCUUAUAACUUAGUGUUCUAACCAGGAGUCCUUGACAACUUAACUACCUUCAAAAGGAGUCUAAUACAAAUAUCCAAGCCAAAAGGAUCACUGGCUACCUUCCCACCCCUCCUUAUGGCUAACUAUCCUUGUCACCAGCCCCCUUUCAAGAGGGAAGUCCAAGUGCCAACUCUUAAAACAUUUCUCAGAAAAAUAGGAUGUUUUAGUCAUUAUGCUAUGGUAAAGUGUUUUUUAUGUUAGGAUUUUUAAAAAUAAGGUGGCCUUCCCAUCAGUUGUGAUUCCAUUGUCUUUUAAAAGUGGUAGCUGACUUAACAGCAAGGACUUGUUUCAGACUCUUGCUGUCUCAGUCUGAUGGGUGCUGUCUGUUUUUCUGAACCUUCUAAAAUGCUAUACAAGUUGUAGAAGCUUGUUUUGGUGUUGUGUUUACUGAUAAUUUAACUGAAAGAAAAAAUUCCCUCAAGGAGAUUAUAUUAUAUUAAUGUUUUUCCUAUUUACUCUCAUUGUGAAAGACAUCAAUAAAGAUUUCUUUUUAAAACCA